AUGUGGCGGAGGUACUACCUGUUGUCAUCAAUUGAACGACUGCUAAUCAGUUUAGAUUUGGGAGCAACCUUAGAAGACACCGAAGAUUUGUCAUCCGUUGAUUCCGGCAAAAAAAAUACCAUAACACUUCGGUGUCCCGAAGUUGUGGAAAGGAUUUUGGUUUCUUCUCGUGAGAGGGAAGUUCUCCAUUCAACUAAUACCAUUGCCACAAUUUUGGCCCUCUCUCCCCGGUCGAGCCGAGUGAAUGCAGAUGAGUGCAUGCUGAUAAGAAUGCAAGAAAUGUCGUUGGACUAUCAUUUUACGGUUGAGCAAGAAGUUGGUUCAACCACUCAUGCCUUCUUUGGGUUCAGUGGUGACUGA